AAAUAUAUACAUAUAUACAUAGUGAGUAAUUAAGCAAGAUCAUACACACAUAGAUACACAAUAUUAUCAGGUGAAAGAGUAAAGUAGCAGUAGUGUCCAAGAUGCAUGACAAUGAUCCUUUCACCAAAGCUCUUUCAUUAGCAGGUGCUCAAGUGUUUCCUGCAAUCUUGAACGCUGCUGUUGAUAUGAACUUGUUUGAGAUCAUAGCAAAGGCAGAGACUUCGCUGGGGAUGUGUGCAUCUGAAAUUGCGUCCAAGCUUCCAAACCAACACUCUGAUAUGGCCAACAGGCUUGAACGCAUGCUGCCAUUGUUGGCGGUACAUUCUCUUCUCACUUGCUCCAUUCGCACCAAUCAAGAUGGUGACACAGAGAAGGUUUAUGCUCUCUCCCCUGUUGGACAAUACUUUACACGUAAUGAUCAACAAGGAAGUUCCUUGGCUGCAUUGUCAACUUUAAUCUAUCAAGGAUACCGUAAUGUUUGGAAAGAUACAAAAGAUGCAAUAUUAGACGCUAACAAUCACAACCAUUUCCAAAAAGUGUAUGGAAAGUUAGCAUUUGAAUAUAUGGAGACAGAUAGAGAGUUCGGUAACCUUUUCGGGCAAGCAAUGUCUCAAGCUGGACCUCUGGUAAUGAAAUCAAUCCUUGAUUCAUAUAAAGGCUUUGAGGGAAUAUCAACGUUAGUUGAUGUCGGAGGUGGAUAUGGACAAGCCCUGAAACAAAUUCUCUUUCACUAUCCAUCAAUUAAAGGAAUUAAUUUUGAUUUACCUCACGUUGUGGAAAACGCACCUCCAGUCAAGGGCGAUCGGGCCAGGCCGAGUCAGAAAGGCUUUGAUGACUCAAAGUUCAUAUUAGGGAAAGGAGAGUGAGGGGCAGAGGGGGCUGUCCUCGGCCGAUCAUCCAAUUCAUUCCAACAGACAGGCAUGGUUCUGUAGUCAAAGCAACUUCGUCAUUUUUGUGCAUUGAUUUGGUCCCUAACGUUUAGGUCAGAAUCGAAACUAUUUCUAAUAUAAUUUUUAAUUUAGAAUCAUCUUUAACAUUUUUUUGGUAUUAAAAUUA